GUGACCACUUACAUUUUGUCACUGUGACUAUCACCGACAGUGGUACUACGCACUUCCCUUUCCACUCAUCUCAAAACUGAUCUUUGGCUCUCUUGAAAUUUACGUUCCUCUGAAUUUCAUAUUUCACCAACCUUCUUUUACUCGUGCUUCCAAAUUCUGCCAAAAAACAAAAGUCGGUCAAUUGAAUUGCCCAUUCUAAACGACCAAACCAAGCAGGAAGCAAUCCCAUCCUCCAUUUUCGGAUCCAAAAAUCAUAACCCAUAACUCUUUUCUUUUCCCAGUUCUCAAGCCUGAUCAAAUCUUGUUCCUGCACUGACGUUUAUAAAUCAUUCAUCCUAAAACUUGUGUCGGUUGUAUAUAGUUUGGACUUAGGGACUGUUUUUCAAAGUUCAAACCGUUGCCUGUUGUGUAAUUGUGUUGUUGUCUGCGGAAGAUUAGAUUUUGGAGUGGUUUUUCGAGUGAGUGAGUGAGAGAGCUAAGGAAGGUGGCGAUGAAAAUGGUGGCGGAUUGGAAAUAUAGGUGGAGAUCUCAUCAGAGCAAGCCGAGAACCUUCAUUCUGAAGCUGGGUUUGUCUGUUUUCAUGGCGGCUCUUGUUUUCAGGCUGCUCUUCUCUAGAUCCAUUCAUGUUCCUCAAGUUGCACAAACUGGGAUCAUAUUUCUUGAAAAUAUUGUGGCCACCCAAUCUGUGGACAUUAUUGACGAACAAGAUGUAGAGCAGUGUGAUCUUUUUCGAGGAAACUGGAUUCCUAAUCCAAGCGGUCCGCUUUAUACGAACGAGUCAUGCCCCUUCAUCGAAAGCCAUCAGAACUGUAUGAAGAAUGGGAGGCCAGAUACGGGCUAUCUUUACUGGAGGUGGAGUCCACGUGGAUGCGACCUCCCUCGCUUUAAUCCAAAGAGAUUUCUUGAGCUUAUGAGGAAUAAAACUUGGGCAUUAAUUGGUGAUUCCAUAUCUAGGAAUCAUGUCCAGUCAAUUCUUUGCAGUCUCUCUAAGAUAGAACGAGCAGUUGAAGUGUACCAUGACAAGGACUACAAAUCCAGGAGAUGGUUCUUCCCGUCAUUCAAUUUUUCUGUUUCAGUCAUUUGGUCUCCUUUUUUGGCAGAAGCAGCCAUUUUUGAAGACAUAAACGGAGUUUCAUCUUCUGAGAUUGAACUGCAUCUUGAUAGGCUUGACAAGAAUUGGACCCAACAAUUUGACGGAUUAGAUUAUGUAAUGUUUUCGAGUGGCCAAUGGUUUGUGAAAACAGCUGUCUAUCUUAAGAACAAUACUAUAUUGGGAUGCCACUAUUGUCCCAAAAGGAACUUGACCGAGCUCGGUUUCGGGUUUGCCUAUCAAGAAAUUCUAAGAACUGUUUUCAACCACAUUAUUUCCUCAAAGCAUAAAGGGACAGUGUUUUUCAGGACAAGCACUCCGGACCAUUUUGAGAACGGGCAAUGGUUUACAGGCGGGAAGUGUGAUAGAAAAGAACCGGCGCGUGAUGGUGGGUUUGAGUUGAGCGACGUUAAUAGAGUUCUUCGUGAGGUUGAGUUACAGGAAUUCGAAAAGGCGUCGGCCCAGGCAGCUGACAAGGGAGUGAAACUUGAGCUCUUUGAUGUCAAUCCGCUUUCCUUGUUGAGGCCUGAUGGUCACCCGGGCCCUUAUAGAUUCUUUCAACCGUUCUCCGACGGGAAGCACGGGACGGGCAUCAAUGACUGCUUGCAUUGGUGCUUGCCCGGGCCUAUUGAUUCUUGGAAUGAUUUGCUAAUGGAAAUGGUUAUGCGUGGGUAAAUAGUGAUGCAACUUGUUCCAUCCAUCCUUCGGGAGGUUUAUGUAUAACUAAAUUAAUAGCGGUCUCAUAUAAACCAAGUGGUGUCAAUUUUUUCUUCCCCUCAUUCAUAUCAAAUAUACAAUGAGCUUAUGUAAUAGAUAUAAAUUUGUAAAGUAUAUUGUAUUUUAAUUACAUAAAUGUUAUUAAAUAUAUUAUACGGAAAACAUAUUAAGACGAAUGAAAAAAAUGAUGGUAUGAAUCAAGGAGUAUACUUCUUCA